CUCACGCUCAUGCUGGCUCUUUGAGUGGACACUCCCCCACGUUGGCUCACAAACCUUCCGUGUAAAGCCAAGAGAGACUGCCACAGGCUGUUGAAACGGGACAACUCGACUUUCAAGGUGGCUAAUGAGGACUGGUGUAUGUCUUCUGAAAGUUAGUCAGAAAUAUGCACCCUGUAUCCAGUUGAAGUUAUUGACGCUCCUACGUGGUAGUCCUUACCUGUUAUUGUUUGGAGCUGGUGUUGCACGUGGAGAGGUAAUUUGUGAAAGACUAUCAGAGGAGUGGCCCAGUAAGAGAGUAACCCACACACCUUCCUUUUCAUCGACAUGGGGGCUUUGGUCUCACGGUGGAGGGCAAAACCAUCCACUGUGGAAAUUUUGGAAGGAAUUGACAAGGAAAUACAGGUUCUUGAAGAAUAUAGCGAGAAGAAUCAAAGGCGGCUGAAGAUAUGGGUUGGACGGCUUCUUCUCUACUCGUCCCUUCUCUACUUGAUCACUUGCGUAGUUGUCUAUUUCUGGUACCUACCUGAACAGUUAAUGGGACGGCUCAUAUUGUGUCUUGCCUUUGUAAUAUUUCCGUUAUUAGUGUGGUUACUUCGAAAAUUGCUCAUAAUAAUUUUUUCACGAAGAACUGAAAAAAAUAAUGAAAAGUUAGAGGAUCUUAAAGCACAAAAAAGGAAAAUACUUGAAGAAGUUAUGGAAACUGAAACAUAUAAAAAUGCCAAAAUGAUUCUGGAGAGAUUUGAUCCUGAUUCCAAGAAAAAUAUUGAGCUUGAAUCAACUCCAGUUGGUCCUCAGAUGACUCCAAAACCAGGACAAGAGCUCCGCCAUCGUAAUGUAAUCCCAAAGACCCCACCAGCAGUGGUAAAUCCUCCAAGCAGUGCUGCUGCCCGCCCUCCUCUUGCCUCCGGGCCCACCUAUCCUGGACGAUCUUCCCUCUCUGCUCCAGGUGGACCCCCAGAGAGGAGCCUGUCAGCUAUAGCUGCUCAGCAGAGCUUGAUGAGGAAGCCUGUGACCCCUGGAACACCUGUUCCAGGAAUCGGAAUGCACCCCCCAGGCCCACCGCUGGCCAGACCUGUGGUCCCAAGGGAAAGAGGUGCUAUGGACAGAGUCAUAGAGUAUCUCGUUGGAGAUGGCCCUCAGAACAGAUACGCUCUCAUAUGUCAGCAGUGUCUGUCCCAUAACGGCAUGGCAUUAAAAGAAGAAUUUGAAUACAUUGCCUUUCGAUGUGCGUAUUGUUAUUUCUUGAACCCUGCGAGGAAAACGAGGCCUCAGGCACCCAGGCUUACCGAGGUCACUGGAAACCUUAAGCUGUCACCUGAGGCGCCUGGUGCUGAUGCAGAUGAUAAACAAAAUGUUUUAGGGAAACCGAAGCUUGCUGACGUCCCUGCUGAUACAAAUACCCAAGAGCCAAAUAUACCAACAACCACGGAGCCCAGUUCUGCAUCAGAUGGCCAAAACACCCCAGAGCCGAAAGACCUGCCCUCUGAGAAAUCUGACGGAGAGCAGGAUUUGUCUGCCAUGGAAGUAGAAUAAAACAGCGGAGUGGUAAUUUCAUCACAAGUCAGACUGGAACUUUAUUAAUGGAUAGCUUACAAGUAAACGCCGUAAGUCAGAAGAGCACAAUGACAGCCCAGAUGUUAAUGUAAUCUUCAGCUUACAGAGUGUUCUUUCUUUUGAGAAUUGCAAUAGUAAUGAACUAAAUAUUGAACUCGCAUAGCACUAGCAUUUGGUGGUAACUGCCAAACACUCAGAUUUUUGUUUUUGUUUUAGCAUGUUUACAGGUCAAUAACGUUGAAGGUUAAUCUAAAUGAAGUUUGUUGUUUUGAUGUUGCAUAGGAAAAAGGCUUUUUUUCAUAUUUUACUAGGUUUUGAAAGCACUUCUGUCAUUAUUCUAAUAAGGUACAACUUCAGAAGAAGGAAAAAAAAAUAUUUUGUGGAAAAUUUUUAUUUAUGGGAAGUUAUUUAUAAAUAUUUUUUCUAUAAUGCUAUGCCCUUUCUGACAGCAUUAGCUGGGGUACUCUGCAGCCUCGAGGUGCUUACAUGUUUACACAACCACGGUACCAUAAUAAUAAUAAUAAUGCACAUACACUGUAUUUAUUGCUAAAAGAGGAAAGCGGAUUUAUGUCAGUAUUGUGAAACUGACACAAGUGCCUUUUUAUAUUUCAAGUGUCUGUUUGGGAACAUUGUCUAUAAAGCCUUUUUACAUGUAGACAGUGAAGUCAUUCAGCUGUUUUCAGUCUUAAAUGACACUUCUAUCUGUUUGCUAAACGAGUUCCUGUUCUGUAUAAUAAUAUUAAAUAAACUUUUGAGAAAAUCUCUA